CGGGGCUUGCCCGGGCAUGUGGGAGCUGCGGGCUGCUUGGACACCACGUGCGGGCGGGAGGACACGCGCGGCGCCUCAGAGCGCCGCCCUGCUGGCAGAUCACUCCCCAGACCGCACUUGCCCCCGAGCUCUGAGCCCACUGGGAUGGUACCCCGGGAAGGCCCUGAUUCUGUGCAGUGCCUGUGCCCUUCCCUGGCUAGCCUGCAGGCCAAGGAUGCGCUUCGGAGGAAGCAUAAGAGGAAGAGCCGACAGCACCAGCGAUUCAUGGCCCGGAAGGCGCUGCUGCAGGAGCAGGGGCUGCUGAACAUGUCCCCAGAGCCGCGGUCCUCCCCACUGCCAACGCCGUCGGGGGCACUGCCGGGCCCUGAAGGCACCAGCGGCGGGACGCAGCGUCCAAGGAAUGAAUCAGGAGGUGCUUCAUGGAGCAGGAAGCCCACCCCCAGGGAAUCCGCGGGGCCCUGGCCCAGCAAGUGCGUGGCUAUCGACUGCGAGAUGGUGGGCACGGGACCCCGAGGGCGGGUGAGCGAGCUGGCCCGCUGCUCUGUGGUGAGUUACCACGGUGAUGUCCUCUAUGACAAGUACGUCCGGCCGGAGAUGCCCAUCGUGGACUACCGUACGCGCUGGAGUGGCAUCACUCGGCAGCACAUGCGCAAGGCCAUCCCCUUCCAGGUGGCCCAGAAAGAGAUCCUCAGGCUCCUGAAGGGCAAGGUGGUGGUGGGGCACGCGCUCCACAAUGACUUCCAGGCCCUCAAGUACGUGCACCCUCGGAGCCAGACCCGCGACACCACUUACGUGCCCAGCCUCCUGCAGCAGCCCGGCCUCCACACUCGCACCCGGGUCUCUCUGAAGGACCUGGCCCUGCAGCUGCUACACAAGAAGAUCCAGGUCGGCCAGCACGGGCACUCGUCGGUGGAAGACGCCACGACGGCCAUGGAGCUGUACCGGCUGGUGGAGGCGCAGUGGGAGCGGCGGCAGGCCGGCAGCCUCCCGCCCCGUCCCGAGGACCGGGACCCGGACAGCAGCACGGACGUGGAGCAGUACAUGGAGGACCAGUACUGGCCCGAGGACCUGGCCCAGGGCACCUGUGGAGGAACGGGGGAGCCACAGGACAGAAGGGAGUGAGGCAGGAGAGGCUCCCAGGUGGCCUCUGAAUGGAGCGUGGGGAGCACGGAGGGGCCAGGAGAGCCCUGGGCACGUCGUCCCGGGUAGGGCAGGGUGCGGCUAGCCUGCUGCCGGGGUCCGGGGAGCUGGGACCAUCUGUCCUCUCGGCUCCCUCCGUCCAAGGCUGUUGUGGGCACUUAACCCCACCCCUGUGGCCUGCUAAUGGCACUUUAUAGACACUAUGAAAAUGUCAGGUGCGCAGGGACCCAGCUGGGGGAGGACGCACGCCAACAGACCAUCCCAGCUGUCACCCUGCCCCCAUGGGUGGAUAGCACCCCCGUGCUGUGCUAUCUCAGGGUGAUGUCUUCUCCCUGGGGUGUGAGCCCAGUGACUUGGGGUACAGCUCUCUUCUCUUACUGUCCUUGUCUCGCCUCUUCCUCCACGGGCAUUGUCAGAUUCAGAACAAAUGCGCCCUGAGCCUAUAGAAUUAAGGCCACUCUACGGGACGUUCCUUUCCUUUCUCUCCGAACUAGAACUUGGGCUGGCGCCACAGUAGGACCUUAGUGCUGGGCUGUGACAGACCAGCAGGGCCCCUCCAGACGCUUGGGGAGCUGGUACCAGGAGUCACCAGGCUCUGUUCCGAGGGCGGGGGGAAGCAGGAAAGCUUUGGGUGGAGACGCUGGUGUAUUCAUUUUGACCCGACUCAGGCAGGAGGCUCUCUUAAGCACAAGCCUGAGAAACAGCACAGCAGUCUGAGUUCUGGGACCCGUGUGGGACCCCCUACCCAGUGUGUAGGGGGGCCGAGUGCAUGUGUCCCCUCGGGCACUUGGAUCCACAGACAUUGUGGUCAUCGGAUUGCCUACAGCUUGCCAGAGCUGUCUGUCAGGAUCUCAUCUGCCACCCCUCUUGCCUUCUUUCCCAAAGGGCAGUUUGGGAGUAUUGAGGUUAAGCAAGAGCUCAGGUCCACACUGACCUUUGAACCCCAUCUUUGCUUGCCACUUAAUAGCUUUGGGACCUUGAACGAAUAUGAGACCUCACCCUUGAGCCCAUUUCCUCCUCUGUAAAAUGGGGCUAAUGCCGUAGCCUACCUCAUAGGGUUGUCCUGGGGGCCAAGUGCCCAGUGCUCAGCAUGGUGCCUGGCUCCCUUUCAGCCUCUUCUGGGGAACGCCUGAGCCCCCCCCCCCCGGGAUUGAGACGGCUUGACGCUUGGCUGCCCCAGCAGGGGCGGGCUGAGGACACAGCGUGCAGGUGCCGGGUCCUCACUGCUCCCUGCGGCUGGGUGACUGGUAUAUGCUCAGCUUCCCCCUCUCUGCGUGCAGGAAAUGACAGUGAUUUUUAUGUCAGUCUGAUCGAAGCAGCAGGGCCAGGAGCUGAGAGACACUACUGAAACCACACUACUUCCAGGUUGCCUGUCCUCCGCUCCCUCCCUGUCUGCGGGGCAGGGAGCCAGCAGUGGCAUUGACCUCUGCUGGCCUGGCUCCAGCGCUUUGUUCUGGAGUCCUUCAAAGUCUGUAGCUGGUGCCAAAGUCCCAGCCCAGCCGGGCUGCAGUUUCGAUUCUUUGGGCUACAGACCGGAGGAAGAUGAAACUGUUACCAGUGGGGAAACGUACUGGGUUUAAGGUCAGCUUUGUUGUAAAACCAUUUGUUCUGGAAUAAAAUGCGAUUAGAAAAGUAA